UGGCUUCAAGCAGCAAUAUAAAAAAAGUCUAUAAACAGCAAAGAACAAAAAAUAAAAAGAUAACAGAAAAAACGUUUCGCUUUGAAGCAAAGCAAUAGCGGUUAAGCGUGAGAAUCACUUAUUUGGAUCUGAUUUUUUGUAGUUAUUGAAUUUGGGAGAGAAUUUGAGUCUGAUUAGGUAUUUGAGCUGAUUGUUUUUUAGAAAUGGAGGAUAAUAACAGUAAGAAAAAAAGAAAUAAGAAGAAGAAAAAUAAGCUGAGCAAAACGGCGGAAGAUGAUGCCAUUUCUGUUGCUGUUGGUGGUGUGGAUCAUCAGAAUGGUGUGAGUGAUAAUGGAAAGAAUGAUGAUGAUAAUAGUAAUAACAUCCCAAUUGCUGACCAAACUGUGGUUCGAAACUGUGAUUUGCAAAAUGUUUAUGUCCAUGAUUUUGACGGACAUCGGAAUAAUGGAACUGAGACUUUUAUCUCAAUAGAAGCUGAGGAACAUCAGUGGCGCCAAAGAGAGGCAACAUUAAAAGAGACAGUAAAACAGUUACAGAAUGAAAAUGAUUCAUACAUACAGAAAGAGGUCAUCUUAAGAAAGAGUGUCAAACAGUUACAGGAGGAAAAAGAUAUGCACAUACAAAAUCAGCUUUUAUUAGAAGACACAAUUAAGGAUUUAAGAUUUUCAAAGGAUUCAGCUUUACAGAAAGAGGUUACACUAGAAGAGGCAAUGAAAGAAUUAAGGACUGCAAAUAAUUCAGCUUUGAAGAAAGAGGUUAUAUUAGAAGAGACUAUUAAGGAACUAAGGAAUGUGAAUGAUUCACUUUUGGAAAGAGAGGGUACUUUUAAAGAAACAGUUGAAAAGUUGAAAUUUGAAAAUGAUAUACAGAUGCAAAAAGAGGCUGAUCUAGAGAAGAAAAUUGCAGAAUUAGAAAGCGAAAAAGAGCUCUAUCUCCAAGAAGAGACUGGCUUGGAGGAGAAACUUCAGCGCUUAUUGGAUGAGAAUGAUGCUCUGGGUUUAAAAAGGGAAAGCUUGGAAGAAAAAGUUAAACAAUUGGAAAGUGACAAAUUUUCUCGGACUCUAAUAGAGAAUACGACCAAAGAAACAAUCUCUAGAAUGAACAUUGAUAUUGCAAGACUACAGAUGCAGGUCGUGGAGGUGGAAGAAUCCAGGAGUUGCCUAUUUAAAGAAAACCAGCAAUUAUUGGAAAACAUCUCUGAAUUAAGAUUGCAGCUUCAGAACCAUGAUUGUAACAUGCCCUCUGCUAACGCAAUUGAUGAAAUUAAAAAGCAUGCUUUGGAACGUGAGAACUUGGAGUCUCAGAUUGAAGCCGCAUGUACGCUGGUUGACAAAUUGAUCACAGAAAAUGCAGAUCUUGUUGAGAAAGUGAAUGAGUUGUUCAUUAAACUUGAUCGGCAAAGUCCAGCAGUUGCACUUUCUUCAGUUGUUGACAAUGAUCUCAGGUCCAUAAAUGGUGUGAUCACCAGCAUAAGUGAUUCCCUACCUGAAUCUAGCGAAAACAUGUCCGUAGUGGUCCAUAAGUUGGAGUCUCUAGAAAUUGAACCUGCUGCUGAACUUCCAUAUACUGCAGAAGCCGACUCCGGACAAAUCGUGCAAAUUCCUUUGGAUGAUAAUGAGCUCAGAGAUUUGGAACUGCAAACAGUUGAGAGUCAUAAUACGGAACCUGUGCCGAUGUCAGAUGCUCCAUUGAUUGGAGCUCCUUUCCGGUUAAUAUCAUUUGUAGCAAAGUAUGUUACCGGUGCUGAUUUAGUUGACUAGGACUAAAAAGUUCAGGGUCUUAGUUUUAGCUUGGGAAGGGGCAUAAGUUUUUAAUCAGUAUAUUAUUUUGAUCGCUUGUAGAGAUUACAAAUGCUGACUAGAGUUGAACCAUCACAUUGCUUCUAUAUACCGUAUCUGAUUGACUUGAGGAAAGAUAGAUUAAGAAUUUUUGUACCAAUUUUCUUUGGGGAGCAUGACGAGGUUUUUUUUAA